CCAUAUUCUUGUCGUCGUGUGGGACAGCGCUUUGAGAGGGUGGCUUCAACGAACCCUCCAACUCUCGAGGAGUCUGUAAUCUCGGGCUGCUAUAGAGUUUGACCUCUGAUCUUGUCGAACAUGGCAGGCAUCGACAACCUGCCACUCGAGGUGUUCGAGCAGAUUAUUGUACUGCUAGACCCCAUCGAUGUUGCCACGCUCUCUCAGACCCGGUCUGCCUACUACCACCUCAUCUACCCCUCGGAGGAUGAUCAGCAUUUGUGGCGCGAACUCUACCUGCAGCAGCCUUUUGAUGACCUCCGGCGAUGCCACACCUCGCUGGGGCGCCCUCUCCAGCCCAUUGCCUGGAAGACCACGCUGCAGCGCAUUAUCCGCGCGCGCACCAUUCUUACCAACAUCUCCGCCUGCCGUCCCGAAGAGCGCUGCACCGUCCUCCAGACACUGAUCGACAUGGUCUGCAACUGUGUGCCCGUCACCCACACGGACGUCAUCGAGCUCUCCCUCAACCACGUCUGGGUCGCCGCCAUGCUCCGCUCGAGCCAAUUCCUCGAGCAGCCGGACUGGGAGCAGUCCCCGGACGAACGCCAGCUGCGCGAGCGGCUGCACACGUACUACGGCUUGAGUCGCAGCGACUUCCAGGCCGUGAAACGUACGGAGAGCCGCGCGUUUGUGUACGCGAUGCGGAACUACAAGUACGACAACGACUUUGGGCCGUUCAUGAUGGACGGGAGCGGGCGCGUCAACUGGUACCAUGUCCGGGCGAUCCACCAUGUGAUGUCGAUGCACAUUGUGCCCGCGACGGAGGAGACCGAGUCCGCGGAGUUCAACCUGUUUCCGAUGAGCAUGCCGUGGACGCAGAGCGUCAUCUCAGAGGGAAUGGACUUGGACAAGGAGAGGGAUUGGGCGGGCGUCACGGGCAAGUGGCAAUGCUCGUUCUGUUUCUGCGACCAUCGAGAGCUGCUGAUAUACAAUGGGUUCAAUACGUCUGAUAGUGAUCCGCUACAUACCGAGAUUUUCGAUGAUCCCGAGUUCAUAGAGGUUUUCCGCUCAAUCUGCGUGGACUUGCGCGUGCUUGGGACCGAUGAAGAUCCUGAGCACCCCGGCCGGCCUCGUAUCAAUUUCGGUGGGUCCAUAGAAGGGACCGCUGUUAUCGUUGGCUACGUGAAGGUGACCCCGGACGACCAAAUUCGAUGGCAUUUUACCUCCGGCGAGCAAGGAAACUCUAUAUGGAGCUCCGAGGGCGUCCAAGUUGGGAAUGUGCGUUCUAAGUUCGGGGUGCUGGGGUCAUGGACGACUGUGUUGCACGACAGACACGACCCGGUCGGUCCCUUUUGGUUAUGGAAAACUGAAGAUGCUCAAGAAGCGGGGCCUGUGUGAUCUCCUGGAUGCGUAAUUUAGGGUCAGGGGCAAUCAUACGGUAUUUUUAUGACUUGAUCUGUUGGUGCUUAGUGCUAGGCCUCCACCAGAUACACACGACUGUAACACCGAC